CGCCACGCUCUCCGCCUGGCAACAUGUGUAGCGGCGCCGAAGGAGGCUCCUGGCCGCUCGGGAAGGACGCGCCGACCGUGACCGCCGCGGCUCUGGACCACUACCGCCUGCAGCUGUACAACUAUGCCGUGGCCGAGCGCCUCCGCCUGUACCCGCCGAGCGUGGCGCCGUGCUACGCGCCGUACGGGCCGCGCCUCGCGCUCUCCAUGUCCCUGCUGCAGCAGCGCGUGCUGCAGCCCGAGGAGCCCAAGCCGCAGCACAGCUACAUCGGCCUCAUAGCCAUGGCCAUACUCAGCUCGCCAGAACGAAAACUAGUGCUCUCCGACAUCUACCAACACAUCCUCGACAACUAUCCGUACUUCCGCUCCCGUGGACCCGGCUGGCGAAACUCAAUACGACACAAUCUGUCACUGAACGACUGCUUCGUCAAGGCUGGAAGAUCUGCCAAUGGGAAAGGACACUACUGGGCUAUUCACCCAGCUAACAUUGAAGAUUUCCGCAAAGGUGAUUUUAGAAGACGUAAAGCUCAAAGGAAAGUGCGUAAACACAUGGGAUUGGCAGUGGAUGAUGAUGGGGAGGACUCGCCGUCGCCGCCACCGCAGUCUCCGCCGCCGACGGCGCUGCCGCUGCCGUUCUGGGGCGCGGGGCGCCUGGCGAGCGCGGGGCAGGCGCGCAAGCGACAGUUUGAUGUAGCAUCGCUGUUAGCGCCUGAUGACGCGCCGGAGAAGCGCGCGCGCCGCGACAGCAGCGCCGAGGAGGACGCGGAGGAGGACAUCGACGUGGUGGCGAGUGACGCGGAGGAGCGCGGCGGUGAGGAGGAGGCGCGCGCGCCGCUGGCCCCGGCCGCGCACUACCCGCUGCUGGGCGGCUGGUGGCCGGCGCUCGAGCCCGCGCUGCUGCACCAGCUGCGCCGCGCCGCGCCCGCGCCGCCCAGCCCGCCCGACCAUCAGCGCCCGCCCGACACCUAGGCUCCGUGCGUAUGUCACACUCCUCUCAAUAACCAGUAUUAACUACCUACACCGUGUACGUUAUCGUUACCUAGUGAUAUCCUCGUGUUAGUCUUUAUUUCCCUGUGUAUCUGCGACGUGCGAGCGCGUUGAACUCUUUCCUUUCGUAUUCCUCUGUUCUGUCUAUAUUCCCGUUUAUUUCUUGUCUAUCGUCUGUAAAGCUAUUUCUAAGUGUAAAUUAUUGUAUAAACUGAUAUAUAAGUAUUAUUUCCACGUAAAGCUGUAUAUGUAGAACAGUGAUAGUUGGUAUAUUAAGCGAUUUAUUGAUAAAGUCUGAAAACGACCAAGCUAUGUAGAUAGUCUCUUAGAUCUAUUUGUAAAUACGUAAAGUGAUGUUGUCUACUCUUCGUUGUUAA